AGCGGGUAAAAUCAAACGCUUUUUUUUCAAUACUGUUAUUAUAUUUGAAUAAAUAAAAAAUAAAUUAAAGUGUUGUUCCCCCUGUGUUAGGUUUGUGGUUCGCUCCAAUAGUAGUGAAGGGGAUGCUGCUGGGCGCUGUUUGUUUUCUCUAGUGAAUCUCUGUUGAGUGCUGUAAUUGUUGCAUAUUGAUAGACUGUGUCUCAGAAACACAGAUCGGUUAAAUUACUUUAUCAGGAGCAACAGUACAUAGUGUACCGGCCAUGGCUCUAUACGGGGGUGUUGGAGCCUCGGCCUUGCCCAGCGAGCUGAUAGUCCACAUCUUCUCCUUCUUGUCGGCCCGGGAUAAGCUGCGGGCCUCGGCUGUGUGCUCCCGUUGGAGGGAGUGUCUCUUUUAUCCAGCGCUGUGGCCUGAGCUCAAACUGCGGCUCGGCAGAGGCACUGGCGGAGCAGGCUCCAGCUCUGACGAGACCCCCAAGCUGGAGUUUCUCAUGCGGAAGUUUGGCUCGUUUGUUCGUGAGCUGCAGCUGGAGUUUGCUCCAGUCGAAGGCUACCCUGUCCGCUGGAGGGAUUCCCUGAACAACUACCUGGAACAGGUGCUGUGCGUGCUGAGGAGUCUGAAAAAUAACAGGAAUCUACAGAAGUUGAGCCUCUAUGGAGACACAUGCAUCCUCCAGGAGGAAGGGAUUCUAGAUGGCACCCAUCUCACCCAGGUGGACCAGGGAGGCAAGAAAAUUAAAGAGAUAAAGCAGCUGUUUGAAGAGACCCUGGCCAGUAGCAGGCAGCUGAAAUGGCUGUCUUCUGCGUUCAUGCUGGAUAUGGUUACCCCUAACUCUCUGUCGACAAUGUCCAACCUCAGUGCCAACUCCCUGGAGCAUCUGAGCCUGCUGGACAACCAGGCCCCACCCCUUAUUCCAUCUAUCGAGUUGGGGCGCCUGCUUAACCUGCACUCCCUCGCCUUGGACUUCUGUGACUUCACCUCCGAGAUGUGCCAGGUACUCUCCAACAGUGACCACAUGCCUUUGCACCGACUCUCCCUCGUGCUCCACGGCACAGUGCUGCACAAUAAACCACUGGACAUCACGCCUGGCGAGGUGGAUUGGCAGGCGCUAGUCCGCCACAGUGCCAAUUUGCGGGUGUACAUCAUGGCACUGGAUGUACACAGCCAAGAUCUGCUGAGCGUGCUGAAGCCUAGCCUGCCCCUGGAGAGGAUCCACUUUGACAGCUACUCCACCUGCGCCUCCGAGGCUGCCCUGGAUCUCAUUUCCAGGCAGUACUGCAAGACCCUCUCCCACUUCAUCCUCGUGAGGGACCUGAUGGAGAGGGAUGACACCGGCUUCCCUGACCUCAGUGACAACCGCAACGAGGACCCCUUGGUCCUCCUCGCCUGGAGGUGCACGCAUCUCUCUCUCCUCAUCAUUCACGGUUACACUGUGUGGGCUCACAAUUUGAUUGCGAUAUCUCGGCUCCGUGGCUCCAACUUGAAGGUGCUGGCAGUAUCUGAGGAGAGCAUCGACUUUGACCAGGAUCAGCUGCUGUUCCAGGAUGAGGACCCCAUCCACAACCUGAUCGAGGAGGUGUCCUUGGGCCUUGGUCGACCCUGGAACCCCAUGAUGGACACCAAUAUUGUCCUCAGUGAACCAACACAGCACUUUUUCCGGGAGAUGCAGCGAUUUAGCGAGGGCAUUUAGCCAGUUCUCCUUGUGGCUCCUUUAGGCAAAUAAGGGCCACAUCUUUUUCAUUAUUCUAAUUAUUAUUUUUGUUUUCCUGUAGUGUGAACUAACCCUUUAUAUGUGCUGUGUUUAAUCAGUAUUAGCUCUAUAUUUAUAUCUAUCUAUAUAUCUUGCUUUUUAUCUGAGAGUAUAGUCGGGUAUUGGUUUAGUAGCUAAUGAGUGAAUGUGAGGGAAGGGAUUUCACGGCUAGCUAGCAAAAUGAUUGGACGGGUGAUUCUUCAUAGGAUUUUUAGAGCAGUCAUAAACUAGAAAACCCCUAGUCUACCAUUAGUAUAUCCGUCCCUGCAACUGAAGUGAUUGUGAUCCUGUUCCUUGCUUGUCUUCCAGUCAAGGAAGGAAGACUGAUGAAAACUGGUACUGUCCUAUACUUCAGCCAUCCUAAUCAUUUUCUAAGGUGUUGCUGAACUUGAGCAGAGGACCCUGCUGACUCCAUUUGAUAUUUACAAACAUAUGGUUAUAUCUUUAACCUUCAUUCCCAGGUCACUGUCAAGAGUUGCAGUCUACAAGAAGUGAUGGGCAGAGCUGGGAUCUAAACUUUCAACCUGCUCUGCCACAUGUGGGUUAGUAGUUUUCUAGACUCAUUAUACCUCUCUUACAGAUCAGAUGUCGUGGAAGCAGCCUAUUUUCAGUACUGUGUCUCAGAAAGGCAGCACAAUGCUAGCUGUAUGACGCAAUCUAUUUAUUGGUCUUGAGUCACAGUUGCCUUGGAUAUCCAAUUGUUCCUAUAAACUGCUGAUCUUCUGUAAACCUGUUAUAGGCCCAGUCCUGUGCCAGUAGUCGGCGAGUAUGUGACUGGUUGUUUGUCUGCCAACAUUCUCCAAAGCAAGACUAAAAUCAUAUUAACAUCACUAGAUGAAAUUUCCGAUUACAGCAAAAGUGAGCCGUUUAAUGUUCGUGUACGUGUGAGUUGGUGAUCAGAGGUCAGUUGUCCUGCAAUUUAUAUUUAAUUUAUUAAACUACCUUUGUUCUAAACAUCCAGUUAAACAGAACAUAUGCACUUAUUUGGUACCAGUGCUGUUCACACUGACUUCAUAGGCAUAGGCCACUUAUUGCAAAGAGUGAUGAAUGCUGUAAGGAAUUUUUUUAUUUUUUUUUGCAGUUGUUAAAAUCUUCUAAGGAAUGAAACAUGUGUAUACUUUGUUGCAGUUUAAACUGAUACUAAUUGAUCAUGCUGUGCCACAUUCCAGAAAGUUUGCUUGUUUAACCAAUAUCUGUUUUUUUGUUCAAUUGCAUUUAGUUUUGUGAGUUAAAUAUUAAUGAUGAUAGUCGAAGAAUAUACAAAUGCUUCAAUGUGUUUUGCUAGGAGGAGAAAUGCAAGAGUUAAGAUAGAGGUUUGCCUCAUGGAAAUAUAUCAAUAUGUCAAAUCUUACCAGUGAACAGUGGGCAACAAUCUUUCUCAGGGUUACUGUUAGACUAAGGGGUGGGAGAGGAGUUUACCUACUCAGGCCUGUGAUUGAAAGCUAGUCGUGAAAAACCCUUCUCAGCAAGUCACUGGAUUUUAAUUCUGUCAGCGCCUGUGUCAGCUGCCAAAGAUAAUGGAAAUAAAAACCUUAUGAAGUGCCCACAUGCUGGCAGGGGCAGACCAAUGGCUGGUCAGCCAGGGUAUACUACUAGAUUUACGUACUAAGAAGUCAAAGUUCGACCUGUGUGGGACACAGCUGUGCUGUGGCUUGGUCAACAACUUUAGAACUCUUUAACCAUGCACCUGUUUCACUGUGAAGAGUGAAUGUAAUUCAUGAAAACAACUGAAACCGUUGGUUCUAUCAAACCUGUAAGCUGCUAUGAAACGUAAAGGAACAUUCCACUGGGGAGUUGAAAGGCCAAAUGUCUGCAUUAAAUAAUUUUUAUUUUUUUAUUUGUUCUGUUUGGAAAGGGGUCCAAAAGCAUCCAGAUAACUGGUCUGUGAUGAGUGAAUACUAUUUUUCAAAUAGUCCUAAAAAGGGUUCAGUGUUUUCUUUGCACCGAUCUUUAUAGCAAGGGACGGACUAUCAGUUGCUCAUUAAAGUGGACGACCAGUUACUUAUUUUAAAACUUGGAGCCCCAUUUCUCUCUCUUUUUUUUUUUUUUUUUUUCUUUUUUUUUUUUUUCUUUGUUGGUUGGGUGGGAAAAAACUUCAUAAGACAAUGUACGCAUUCCUAAUCCAAAUGCAUCAUUGCAUUUUAAUGAAAGCUCUUUCUACACUCCAGUGUUUUAAUGCGGUCCAACAGUUGGCUUUGCUGUGUGUUUUACCUUGCAUAUUGUCAGUUUACCUUGUUUUUUAAGGUGGGACAUACCAGCCUGAGCUUGGUAAUAAAAUCAGUGUGUGGCCUUUUACAGGAGGAGAUGACCGUAGAUGCUUCCUAUUUUCAGGUUAAUCCCAUUUUGAUGACGUCUUUUAAAACCAGAGAUGUCUGAACAAAAUCAAUCUUGCAUAAUAAAAAAUAGCAAACUAUGCAAGAGGGAUGCAUACAAGCGAUGUCUUAGGAAGUUUUUUUUUCUGUAUGUAUAUCAUUUAAAAAGGUAAAAAACAUAUUUGCAUUGAUACUUGGCCUUAUUGUUUUAAAAUCUUGAUGCUUCGGAAGCCAAUUUAGUUUCAGGGGCAACCGCGGGUACAGACAUGGUCUCUGUGAGACUUUCCACCUGACCCCAGUUUUAAGUGGUACGAAUGUUGUGCAUUUAUUGUUUAAAUAAAUCAGGACAGUUUGCAAUAAUGAAGUCGUAAAGUGGCUACCGUGGGUUACUAGCAGUGCUAAGACCUGGCUGCUACCUUAUAAACUUCUUUGAAAAUAAAUAAAUAAACUGUGUGUAUGUAUGUAUGUGUGUGUCUGUAUACAUACAGUACAUACAUACAUAUGCAACAGAUGUCCAGAUUCUAUUUAUGAACAAAAAAAGUUUAUAAGCGUAUCGUUUUACAAAAAUGGUUUUACCAUCUUAAUGUUUAAUAUUUUGACAGGUGUGCACUGUCUCUAUUUUUGUCUCCAGUGAGCACAUAGCGUUCGGAUUUUAUAUGUACAUCAGCAAACGUGAAUCCACUGGCACCGUGAACAUGCCAGAUGUGGUGAGAUUUUAUUGAAUGAAAGUGAUCAGAUUUAUCUAAAGGAAAAAAAAAACCUGACAGACAUGAGUAAGGCAAUCCAGAUGAAUGUUGUUGUUUGAUUUAGUGUUGAAUGCAUUUUAUUUUAAUCGAUGAAUAAAGCAUUUAAGAAAA